GUAAGAAAUUACCCAGAAAUCGUGCCAAUUAACACAAUAUUUCAAGAAUCAAGUCACAUCAGAGAGUGAGCUGUUACCAUGCCCACAAGAUCCUUUUCGUUCGGGACGACGUAAACAAACAUGUUUUCAAAUUAUUAGAAAUGUACAAGACCAUCCCUGAAUGAUGCCAAGUUACUUAAAUAAAUCCGCUCUUCAUAUCCGGAAUACCUCAUUUGUAAGAGCUUUCGUCGGUGAUACUUUCAUUCCGGGUCCAAACAAGUGGCCCGUUGUGUGAGAAAAGGGAUUGAGGCAAUGAUUAAGCAGAAGAUACAUGAAGAUGACGCGAUGGGAUUUUCUGAAAGUCCUACUUGUACCACUACGUGCAUGAAGACAGUGACGCCAGUACCCCUUCAAACAACUAACAACAAUGACAAACAGGAAAUGGAAUCUGAGAACUAUGCAAUUCUGAAUAUCACAAAUGAAGAAAGGACAAUAACAGGAAGUGGGCUGUCAUCAAAACCUUAUUCGAUCGAACCAAUCAAAACAAGCACAGACACGGAUUCGCAAAACUACGUCACAAGUCCCGGACAAAUUAGCGCUGAUAUAAAAAUUGAAGAACUAGGGAAGCUGGGAGUAUAUAGUCCUCCUUAUAAAUCCACAACGUUUCCUUUCCCAAUCGUCAAAGAGAUUAAAUCAAAGCAAAGAUUAUCGAAGCCCCAAGUGAUCAUGGGAUCGAUUUCCUGUCUAAUUAACCCUCUGUGUGGAGCAUUCUCUUUGCUAUUAUUAUGUACAUCGACUAGACUAAAGACAUCUGAGCGUAACCUUCGCCAUUCCAAGAGAUUACAGGUGGCCUCCUUUCUCAUAGGACUUCUUGGAAUCUGCUGUACUUUGGCCGCCUUGGGAAUUGUUCUGGCUUUGCGGUACAACGAUGUGAUAUGAAUAAGUGGAGGAAAUCAUACAAAGCAAUACAUUUUCUUUAACAAACUUGCUUUGUUACCUCCGCCAAGGAGGUUAUAUUUUCACC